AUGAAACAAAACAAUCAAAAAAAGACUUUUAAAGAAUAUUUGGCGGAAAUUGAAGACCCUAAUUAUCAAGGAGGUUCUUGGGCUUUACCCGAAAAUCCUACUCCGCUAGAAAAAGCCAAAUAUGAAUUGUGCGAAAAGAUUUUAGGCUACCAAGAGGAUAAUAAUUUAUCUGAUAAAGAAUUAAGGCAAAAAACUGGUCUGUCACAAGAAAAAUUGGAAGAUAUUUUAUUUACUCGCAUAGAAAAAGUGAAUUCUGACGAAUUAAUAAAUGUGGCUAGUAAAUUAUUCGCUCCUUGUCAAGUAGAAAUUAUUAUUAAGGAGGAGAAAUCUAUUCAUGCCCGAGUUGUUUAG